AACUGGAAUGACGAACCGGACCCAGGGGUACUUCUUGGCUUUUGUACAGUACAAGAUGAUGAUGAUGAUCAUUAGCUAUAAAGAGUACCCACAAGAAACAGGAAAGAUGAGUUCUAUAGUUUCAUACCUUUUCUUUCACUUUUCUGUGACAAGGAAGAGAAGGGGUUUAUAGUAUAUAAAAAAAAGAAAAGAGGUGGGUUUUAUGUGCUGAUGCUGAAAUUGGGUUCCUCCAAUAGCAUGGAUAUUGGGAAAUCUUGGAAUAGUAGUAGUAGUAGUGUUGUCAGCUCCUUCCAUAGUUUUAAUUUCAGUUACUUCCAUUCAUUAACGUCAGCUGUCUUGUUUUUGUCUUUUGGGAGUUCAGUUUCAGCACCUAAAAUGGCUUUAUUUAAUUUCUCCACCAUUACACCUUCUUUUGAUGAUGAUUUAAUUCUAAAGUUUUCUCCUUUUUCAUUUUCUUGAAGAAGAAAGACUCCAGUUUAAUCACCACCACUCUCUCCUCAACUGUUUCUUUUGUUUGUUUGUAUGCUUUCUUGAUUGUUUAGUCUUGUAUCGUCAGCCCCUUUUGUUUUGUUCUCUUUUUAAAGACCUAGAGAAUGCUGUGUGCAUCAUUGCCAGGGUUGUGUCAUCAACAGAUGUUGUUCGGUGGUGCUGUGAAGGAACUUUCAGCAGCUAUGGAUUCUUUGAAUGUUUACAGCAGGUGUGGUUUUGAUGGUCGUGUUGGAUGUUGGAUUGGGAAUGAGAAAGGAAGAUGGAACAAAUUGGCUGCUGCAAGUACAAUGGCACCAAAGAAGAGGAGGUUGAGCAUUUCUCCUCUGGCUUCCUCUGCUCUAGCAGAAACCCAACAUACAUCUAGAGCCGAAUUCUAUCAGGAGGUUCUUAACGAUGCUAGAGAAAAAUUUACCCAGGAGAUAUCUUUCCAAUCCAAAGACAAAGAUAUUUCGUUGGCAAAGGCUUUGCUUUACGUGGCCUCUGAAGACGAGGCAUUUAUGGCUUUCAACCGGGAGAUGGAUGCUCAUUCACUCCAAAAUGAGAGGAGAUCUGCUUCAUUGCCUUCUCAUGCCACCGAUUGGACUUGCGUGGAGGCCAUGCCUCUUGCUGGAAAAAAUCUGAAUGAAUGGAUGGUUGAGUUGGAUGUCAUUGCGAGAGAAGUGGAGGCGGAGCUUGUUUCAAGAGAAAUAGGAUGCGAUUUGGUUGAAGUUUUAGAUGCCGUGAAUAUGGUGCUUUUCAAGUCAAGGGGUUUCAAAAGGUCACCUGUACUUGUGGAUUCAAAGUGUGCAUACCUGCAUUCAGUAUUAAGCUCUGGAUAUUGUAGUGCAAUUUUGCUUAGUGUCAUUUAUAUUGAAGUCUGUCGAAGACUUAAUCUGACCAUUGUGGGAUCCCGAGUUGGGGAAGAUUUUUUGAUAUGGCCUCAAACUGGAAACCCUGAGGAGCUAUUCAAGGUUAUCUCUGGUCAUAGCUUGUUUGGUAUUGUUAAUGGGAAGUGUGUCGAUGACCCUAGAGCAAAGGCUUCUGACAUCAAUAGCAAUUCUUUGCCGGGGCUUGAGUUAGCAACAAACCGAGAUAUUAUUGGAAUUACUUUGGCUAAUUUGAUGAGGCUUCACUGGAAACGUGCUUCAAGAGCAAAUCAUGGUUUGAUGCUGACUUCUCCGCUUAGAUCUGUUGAUCAUGCAGAUGAUAAGUCUAGCAAGACUAAUUGUCUGAAUGUCCCAUUGUUGCGGCCUCAAGAUUUGAGGUUCAAGAUGCUAAAUUGCAACCUUUGGCAUGAGAAAAGGAGAAUUGAGAAUAUUGGACGCAUAUUGUUAUUUUUUUGAUUCUGACAUACUACUAAAAUUCUAACAUUCCACUAAAAUAACCAUUUAAUCAAUCUAUCUUGCUGCGAUAUAACCGAUACUUAUUCCUCCACUUAAGUUUAUAACAAAACGAACUAUAGGGUAAAAGAUUCCUCACUGAUCUAGCUUCAUUAGAAGUCCUUUCUAUUUCUAUAUACUGAUCACAUUGAAAUGACUGGAUACUGCAUUAUGCAGAUUGACUUUCCUUUUUACAUACUUUUAGCCUCUUCGCCCUUUUACUCCUUUACUUUUGUUCCUCUUCAUCUCUCCGACAUUUCUUUUAGAAAUCCAAGAAAGUUACCCUUAUCCUUUUCCCUUUCUGAUCUUAAGGAUUUGAUGCUCUUUUUAGAUGCUAUAGAUACAAAAUAUACCUAUGUUUGGAUGCAUUUAUUAUAUUCGAUAGUUGAGGCCAACUAUUCACGCUUUUUUUGUUUCCACUAAAUCUAUCGGUUCUUCUUACAAAAUCAAGUCAAUUCUUCUACCCAAAUGUCAAAUGUUGUUAAACAGGCAUAUAUGCUUGACUGGUGAUCAAACAUUAAUUACUUGGAAAAGGAAGUAGUAGCCCGGGGGGGGGGGGGGGGGGGUUCACAGAAGUAACUAUGUUUAGAGAGAUCACUUGCUUGAUACUGUGUUGCAUGUGUCCAGCAGCAUUUCUUCUAGUCUAUUACAUCAUAAUGCAUAUCAUUCACUGCCACCAGAAAUGCAUGAUGAUCUUUUUGCAUCUUACAUUCUCUUUUAGGGGAGCAUUUAUUUUUGUUUCUGUUAUCCUGCUUUUUUCAUCUGUUGUGCAUUCUAUUAAGGUCGUAAUAACUUGUACCUGGUAUUUCUUCGUUGUAUAUCAAGUAACAACGUAGUAGGAAUCAAGGCACUUACCAAAUUGUAGUACACACAUGGGACAUAAAGAGUUUUUAUCCUAUCAAACAGGAC